CUCUUCGCAGAUUCAAUUCACUGUAGCGCUAGUAUUUCAGUAAAGGCAUCACACGGGGGGCCAGCUGUGCGCUCCGUAACAGUUUUAAAUGCAAUCUGGUGUCUGAGAGUCUUUGUCGUUUCUGCCUGUGAAAGAUUGCAAUUGGAUCGGGAUCAAAGACCCUUCUAUUACACCACGGCUGUCAAAUGGCACACAUAACAUUGAAUCAGUACCUUCAACAGGCACUGGAAGCGAUAGAGAACAGAGAUGGAUCCUUCUGCGCGGAGCUGCUGUCAUUCAAGCACCCGCACGUGGCGAACCCCCGCCUGCAGCUCCCCAGUCCAGAGGAGAAGUGUCAGCAGUUGCUGGAGCCCCCCUAUGAUGAGAUGGUAGCAGCCCAUCUGAGAUGCACAUUCGCUGUGUCUAACCAUGAUUUUGUGGAGGCCUACCGAUGUCAGACCGUGGUGGUCCAGUCAUUUUUAAAGGCAUUCCAGGCCCAUAAGGAAGAGAAUUGGGCUUUGCCAAUGAUGUUUGCCGUGGCGUUGGAUCUGCGGAUAUUUGCCAACAACGCGGAGCAGCAGCUUCAGAAGAAGGGGAAAGGCAAGGUGGGGGACAUGCUGGAGAAAGCGGCAGACCAGCUGAUGGCCUGCUUCCGAGUGUGUGCCAGCGACAACCGGGCUGGCAUUGAGGACUCUAAGAAAUGGGGGAUGCUGUUCCUUAUCAAUCAGCUCUUCAAGAUCUAUUUCAAGAUCAGCAAGCUGCACCUGUGUAAGCCUCUCAUCCGAGCCAUUGACAGCUCCAACCUCAAGGACGAGUACAGCAUAGCUCAACGAGUCACAUACAAGUACUACGUUGGCCGCAAGGCCAUGUUUGACAGCGACUUCAAACCAGCGGAGGAAUACCUGUCCUUCGCGUUCCAGCACUGUCAUCGGUCCUGUCAGAAGAACAAGCGCAUGAUCCUUAUAUACCUGCUGCCCGUCAAAAUGCUGCUGGGUCACAUGCCAACUCUUCUGCUCCUGAAGAAGUAUGACCUCAUGCAGUUUGCAGAUGUCACCCGAGCUGUCAGCGAGGGGAACCUGCUGCUCCUGAACGAGGCCUUGGCCAAGCACGAGACAUUCUUCAUCCGCUGUGGCAUCUUCCUCAUCCUCGAGAAGCUGAAGGUCAUCACCUACCGGAACCUCUUCAAGAAAGUGUACCAGCUCCUGAAGACCUAUCAGCUGCCACUGGAUGCCUUCCUGGUGGCCCUUAAGAUGAUGCAAGUAGAAGAUGUGGACAUUGAUGAGGUCCAGUGCAUCCUGGCCAACCUCAUCUACAUGGGUCACAUAAAAGGCUACAUAUCUCACCAACACCAGAAACUGGUGGUCAGCAAGCAGAAUCCCUUCCCCCCACUAUCCACUGUAUCCUGAACUACAGUACCCAGAAAGCCCUGUGUUUCCUGUGCAUCCAUCGUCCCACCCCAGAGCGUGAACCAGACAGUAUCUGUGAAUAUUCUUGUGGAUUGUUCUUUUUUAUACUUGCAUUUUCUACUUCAAGUGUGAAAUAAAAUUCUGAAAUAUUUGUUA